UUGCGCGUCGAGUUGGGUCCCAGGCAGAGCCCGAGUGGCUCGCGAUUCAAAUUCACACAACUUCAAACACAGACCACAGCAGCACCAGCAACGGUCGGGUUUUGAGGCGUUGUCAGCUGGGGUACCUAACAUUGGCCACUCCGAGGUGGGCCUGGCGUGGCAUGUCAGUCUGGCAGUAAGUCAGUUGCUUCCAAGCCAGCGGGCGCGAUCGUUUCUUGGGUGUUUUGUUGGUGCGGCUGCGGCGGCGGGCGAGAGAGCUUAUUCGCGUGUGUGUAAAAGUAAAGAAUUAGGCGGGGAUCGAUCGAGUAGGUACUGACGACGACGACGCACCGCGUGUGUUAAUCUUUUCGGUGAUCGACCACCGUAGAACGCCGUCGUUUUGGGCUCGCGAUCGAUCGUUCGCGCGCGCGCGUGGUUGUGAGUGAGACAGCUCUUGAGACGUGAGCUGGUGGGUUGGGACGACGAUUCACUAAGCUGGUCGUGAUUUUGCUCACCGAUUGUCACACGUUGGUACACUGCGAAUGGGUACGGUGGAUGUCGCGCUCGCUCGCUGCUUAUUGGUGACUGAUUUGCGUUGAAUAUCUCAGACUCGGGGUUUAAUUAUAAUCGGUAUUCGGUGCUGAGCGGAUCGUUUUCUUACUCCGGUGCCUUUAAGGCGUUUUUUCUGUUUGUGCUGAGGAGACUCUUCAGAUAUUUUUUAUCUGGUUUCAUACCUUGUGAAUAGUGGUGCUAAAAAGAGGAUGGUUAUCGCUUUGUGUGAUUAAUAUUUGAAAAAGAUUCCGGGAAAAAAGUGAUUUUUGUGAAGUGAUUGAUGCAAAAUAGUAAGAGCGAUUUAUGUGAAUUGUGAAUAAAAAUCGCAGAAUUCAACUGGCAACUAACGUUUGAUCAGCAGUCUUUCAAAAAAUCUUGGAUACCACAGCACCGCUCAGUUCUUGCUGAUUCUUCAACUAGGAAACUUGGAGUUACGAGACAUACAACAAACGUGUACCAUUUGCUGUUUUAUCCGAAGGAAGCAAGAUUAAGACCCCAGGACCAUGGUAGGACAAAGAAUAGCAAACUCUUUACUAAAGAGAUCGGCAUUUUCGUCCGCGAUCAAUGUGCUACCAAACGAAGCUGCCGCCACGAUCGAUCCACCCCCGUUGGCGGACUACCGUGGCCACGUCAAACCGUACUCGGAUGUGCCGGGCCCGAAGGAGCUACCGCUGAUUGGGAACAGUUGGCGCUUUGCGCCAUUGAUUGGCCAGUACCGGAUCGAGGACCUGGACAAAGUGAUGUGUGAUCUGCACCGACACUUUGGCAAAAUCGCCAAGGUCGGCGGCCUAAUCGGACACCCAGACUUGCUGUUCGUAUUCGAUGCCGACUUGAUUCGAGACACAUUCAAAAAGGAGGAAGUCCAACCGCACCGUCCGGCUAUGCCGUCGCUGCGAAACUACAAGUCCAAGCUGCGGAAAGACUUUUUCGGCGACAACAUGGGACUGAUCGGAGUGCACGGUGAAAAGUGGGACGCCUUCCGCGCUCAGGUCCAGCAAGUGAUGCUGCAACCGACGACGGCCAAAAAGUACAUUGCUCCGCUGGACGAAAUAUCCACCGACUUCAUGGCAAGAAUUCACGAAAUGCGAGACGAGAACAAUGAACUGCCGGGCGAUUUCCUCCAUGAACUCUACAAGUGGGCGCUCGAGUCCAUUGGACGUGUUGCGCUGGACACCAGACUUGGCUGUGUUUCGAAAACGGGCAACGAGGAAUCGAAACGAAUCAUCGACUCAAUCAACACCUUUUUCUGGACCGUUGCCGAGGUUGAGCUGCGGAUGCCCAUCUGGCGGAUAUACCAGACCAAUGCCUACAAAAAGUACAUCGGAGCGCUGGACACCUUCCGGGACCUAUGCAUGCGACACAUCAAUAUCGCUAUGGAGAGGAUGAACAAUAGCUCCGAAGUCAAAAGUGAAGAGCACAUUUCCAUAGUCGAACGAAUCCUGCAAAAGACCAACAACCCUAAAAUUGCCGCCGUGCUAGCGUUGGAUUUGAUAAUGGUUGGCGUUGACACGACAUCCGUUGCGGCUACCUCGACCAUUUAUCAGCUGAGUCAGAACCCGGACAAGCAGGAAAUUUUGUUCAACGAAAUCAAACGCAGUCUGCCGACGCCGGACACCAAAUUCACCAUUUCGAUGCUGGAAACGAUGCCAUAUCUGCGAGCGUGCAUCAAAGAAACGCUGAGAAUGUAUCCGGUUGUAAUCGGAAACGGAAGAAGCCUCCAGUCGGAUGCCGUUAUCGGAGGAUAUCACAUUCCCAAGGGGACCCACGUCAUCUUUCCCCAUCUGGUGGUAUCCAAUUUGGAAGAAUACUUCCCCGAACCGGAUCGAUUCCUGCCCGAACGGUGGCUGAAGCGGGGCGAGCUCAAAGAACACUCCGGAUGUCCGCACGCAGGUCAAAAAAUCCACCCUUACGUUAGUUUACCGUUCGGUUACGGUCGGCGCACCUGCAUUGGACGACGAUUCGCCGAAUGUGAGCUACAGAUCCUGUUGUCCAAGCUGUUCCGACGGUACCACGUGGAAUACAACUACGAGAAGCUAACCUACAAGGUAAACCCCACCUACAUACCCGAUAAGCCCCUGAAGUUUAAACUGACCGAACGCGACCACUGACUGUACGCUGGCGGCGCCGCCGUGGGUGGAAGGACGGCUCGCGACGGAAGCUGAAGGGUUGGAAUAGCUAUGAUAGCAUGUAAGGGUUCGUACCGGCACGUCCGUGAACGAAUAUGCACACGACACGGGUACGGAGAAUGUAAUAAAAUAUUUAUGUACAUAAAUGUAUGGAAUAAAUUGCGAUAAGACUAACAUGUAGAUAACGAA